AGGAGCGUAGCCCGGGCGGAUUCAGCCCCACAAAAUGGGCGCAGUUUGCAAACAGCCCCCCGGCCUGGGCGCCGAGGGCCAGCGGCGGGCGGGGGCGCGCGGCGGCGGCUCCGGCCCGGGCCCGCCGCUCUCCUCCCCCCGGCGCCCGGAGCCGCCCUGACUUUCCGGGCGGGGGGGCGAGGCGGAGGGGGAGGGGAAGGCGGCGGCGGCGGGGAGCGGCUGCUUUUUCUUCUCUUUCGGGCCCUUUCUCGGCCUUCCUCCGCACCGACAGGGCCCGAGCACGGCCGGGGACCGCAGCCCGGCCGGGAGGGCGGGCGGGCGGGGGCAGAGGGUGAAGCCGCCCCCCCGCCCCGCACAAACAAGCACCGCCGUCUGCAGCCCGAACCCGCACCCAGGCCGCCACCCCCGGCCGCCUCUUUCCAGCCGGGGAGCGCGCUUCAGCCGCCCCACGCGCCGCCGCGGCGAGACGAGUCGGCUUCGCUACGGUGCUCGGUUCUCCCGCCGGCUCGGCGAGCGGUGGCGGCGGUGGCGGCGGCACUGGGAAAAUGGCGGCCGAGCUCCUUUUCCCUCCCCCCCUUUAAUCUGAAGCGGAGGGAGAAUGGAGCGAGCGAGCGAGCGGGCGAGCGCCGGGGACACGGGGAGGAGGGACAGCAGCGCCUCCGCCGGCUGCGGCUGCGGCGGCGAAGGGCCGCUCCACCCCGGCGCGCCGCCAGGGGGCGCCCGCGGCGCCGCCCCCGCGGGCCGCCAGGAGGCGCGGCCGCCGCCGCCUCAGUCAUGGCUCCUCGCCGUGGCCGAUGUUUUUGUACCUCCAUCUGCGGAGGCCGCGGGGCCCGGCCCCAGCUGCCCCGGACGUGCGGCGACGGCACGCAGCACUGCGGCAGGGGGGAGCCAUCCCUCGCUGCGGCCGAGAAAAGAUAUUCCAUGGCCAGCCAUGGUGGCUCACACCUGUAAUCCCAGCACUUUGAGCCAAUGUGAGAGUACUGCUUGAGCCCAGGAGUUUGAGAACAGCCCAGGCAAAACAUCAAGACCUCAUCUCUUCAAAAAAAAAAAAAUGUAGCCGGGGGUGGUGACAUACGCCUGUAGUCCAAACUACUCAGAGGCUGAGGCAGGAGGAUCACUUGAGCCCAGGAGGUCAAGGCUGCACUGAACCAUGAUCACGCCACUACACUCCAGCCUGGGCAACAGAGCAACACCCUGUCUCAAAAAAAGAAAAGAAAAAGGAAGGGAGAAAGGAAAGAAAGAAAAAAAGAAAAGGUAUUCCCUCUUACACACAACUCUGUACCCAUCCAUCUUUGUCUGUGUUCUCUCUACCUAGAAAAAGAGGACCAUCCCUUGUUACCACCAUUCCUUGUUCAUUCCUCUCUCCAAUCCACCUACAACUCAUGUUAUCCUCUUAUAUUCCACCACACCACUGUUAUCAUCUACUUAUUUCACUUGACAAUAAUGUACGCCGGGUGCGGUGGCUCACGCCUGUAAUCCCAGCACUCCGGAAGGCCAAAGUGGGCAGAUCACCUGAGGCCAGGAAUUCGAGACCAGCCUGGCCAACAUGGUGAAACCCCAUCUCUACUAA